UUCAUUUGUGACCACAGGAGACCACAGAGAAAGAGAUUUCCCAAAAAUGGAGCCAUUGACAACGACCUUUUGUCCUCUGGAACCCACACAAUACACCAGAAACAAAUCCCUAAAUGAAACCACCUGGUCUUCAAGUCAAGUGGCUGACUACAGUUAUAUUUGUGCCUCCCUGGUGAUUUGUAUGCUGGGACUGGCUGGGAACGGACUUUUGAUAUGGUUCCUAGUAUUCUGUGUCAAGAGGAAGCCGUUCACUGUAUACAUCCUGCAUCUCGCCAUUGCCGACUUCCUGGUUCUCUUGUGUUCAUCCGUCACUCAGGUAGUGAACACCUUCCACAUCCAUGAUAACAUCUUCCUGACCUACGCCGUCUUCCUCAUGCUCUUCGGCUACAACACGGGCCUGCACCUCCUCACAGCCAUCAGCGUCGAGCGGUGCCUCUCAGUACUUUACCCAAUCUGGUACCAGUGUCGACGCCCGACGCACCAGUCCGCUGUGGCCUGUGCACUGCUGUGGGCCCUCUCUGUCCUUGUAUCUGGCUUGGAAAACUUCUUCUGCAUUGCGGAAGUGAUGCCACAAUUCCCAGAAUGCCGUUAUGUGUACAUAUUUUCCUGUGUCUUGACAUUCCUGGUCUUUGUUCCUCUCAUGGUCUUCUCCAAUUUAAUCCUCUUCAUCCAGGUCUGCUGUAACCUGAAGCCACGCCAACCAGCCAAGCUCUACGUAAUCGUCAUGGCCACAGUAAUCCUGUUUCUGGUCUUUGCCAUGCCCAUGAAGGUGUUACUUAUCAUUGCCUACUACUCCAACUCAAUGGACGCAUCUGUGUGGGAGUCCCUCCCUUACUUGAACAUGCUGUCCACUAUUAACAGCAGCAUCAACCCUAUUGUCUACUUUGUGGUGGGAAGCCUGAGGAGGAAGAAGAGUAGGAGGUCUCUAAAGGAAGUACUACUGAAAGUCUUCGAGGAAAAGCCAGAGGUGGGCUCCAGGGAGAAUGUUGCACAAUUCUCUCUCCCUUCAUGAACUUCUGCUAGGAAGGCUGCCUGACAGUAUCUCU